AUGACUACCAAUGGUAAAACUACAUCUUCAUCUAAGAAAGUCUCAACAAAAGACGCCCAUUUUCAAAAUGUAUCGCGUAGAAAAUAUCUUGUAGGGCCAAUUGCGUUUUUGCAUAUGCUCGGGAUAUCCAUUUACAGUGGCACAACAACUCUUUAUUACCCAUAUAACAUAGGCAAAGAACUUUUUCCGAAUUCUUCCACGGAGAGAGAGAAAAGCUCCAUCUGCAAUACCAACACAAAUACAACGGACACGGACAACGGGAAAAUCAUUCAAUCAGAGGUGGCCACGUUUUUGAUUUAUGUCGCUAUAUGUGGAGGGAUUCCUUGCAUUCUCGCUAAUUUGUUCUUCGGAAGCAUUAGUGACCGUUUUGAAACCAAAAGACUGCUGCUGUUUCCAGCUAUUGGAGUGUUGAUAUCGCAAUUUUGUAUGAUUGCUUUCAUGUAUUUUGAUAUCGAGUUAUACUACUUUUUGAUACCGUCAUCGUUACUCGGACUUACUGGAGAAACAUUUGCACUUAUCCAGUUUACGUUAUCAUAUGCUUCAAAAAUCACAAAAAACGGCAAAGAACGAACAGUUGCCAUGGGUUUGAUGGAGAUUUUUAUCGGCAUGGGUGUCUUACUGGGCGGUCUUGUAGCGGGUUAUAUUAUACAAGAUGCCGGAUAUAUUUGGUCGAUUGUGGCAGAUUGCGUGGUCAUAUCUUGCAAUCUCAUUUUAAUUUGCCUGUUGCCAGAAAUCAUGGAAAGGAAAAUGAAAGAACCCUGGCGCUGUUUGGAUGUUAUAAGAUCUUUUCAAAAAUCACUCCAGUUCUAUUACUCGAAAUCAUAUUCUGGAAUAAGAUGGAAAUAUAACAUCGGGCUCGCUAUCCUUGUCAUAGGAUGGGUGACUGUAAUCGGGAGAAACAACACAGAAGUUUUAUUCAUUAUAAGCCCUCCAUUUUGCCUCAAUCCUGUCGAUGUUGGAUGGUUCCACGCUGCCCGAGGAAUAAUGCAGCACGGAAUUGCAAUGGUUCUUAUCCGGGUUUUCGUGAUCCGUUUGAGCCCCGAAACUAUCGCGAUAAUUGGAGCUAUAUCGGGACUCAUCGCGUUCGUUGUGGAGGGGAUCACCAGCUCCAAAGUAGUCUUGUUUCUGACUACAGUUAUUGGAUUUGGAACAUCACUGGGAAUCGUAAUGAUGAGGUCCAUAAUGUCCAGGGAAACACCUGGUGACAAACAAGGUGCUCUUUUUGGUGGUAUGUCUGCUGUCCAAACUGCAUGCACGUAUUUUGGAUCCAUGCUCUUCAGUGCUAUCUACAAAGACACCGUUUAUUUCUACGAAGGGACUAUCUUCCUUCUCAUGGCGGGAUUGGUCUUCCUAUCUCUGAUUUUAUGUGUGUUACUGAUUAUUAUUCCAAAGUUGAUGGGGAACGAAUACGAUCUUCAAACAAAGAAAUCCAAGAUUCAGGAACUGAAAGUCAAAGUUUAAUAUGAGUACAAAAACUUAUAUCAUGGUUACAGUUUACUAAUGUCGAAGUUUUAAUUUUCGUUUUUGUCAUAUAUAGUCUUUUAGAUUUAUCGGGAUUUGCAUCCUCUUUUGCAUGCAAGGUGAAGAUAACGAACAGUGAUCAAUCUCAUAACUCCUACAAGCAAUACAAAAUAGAUAGUUGGGCAAACACGGACCCCUGGACACACCAGAGGUGGGAUCAGGUGCCUAGGAGGAGUAAGCAUCCCCUGUUGACCGGUCACACCCGCCGUGAGCCCCAUAUCCUGAUCAGGUAAACGGAGUUAUCCGCAGUCAAAAAUCAGUGCAUACAAUUUCUUUCUAUGUACAGUAAACUUGACCACAGAUGUAAAUAAAAUCAAUAAAAGGCCAAAUUUCCAACUUUUGUUAGAGAUUAUAUCAUAUCAUUCAGUAAGGCAUGAACACGUGUGCAUGUACUAUGUUUACACUUCAAUUUGAAACUGAAAGAAUAAACAACAGGUCCAAAUUAUACAACUUAUUGUAUUGUUUGGAAUACUUAUAC